AUGAUGCAAAGACAAAAAGUGAGGCAGAGUUUAUUUAAUGCAAUUGGAAGUUUUGAGUUUUUGCUUGGUAUGGUUAUUUGGUAUGAUAUUCUAUUUGCUAUAAAUAUGAUUAGCAAAAAAUUGCAAUCUAAGAAUAUGUGCAUUGAUGAUACAAUAAAACAUGUAGAAGAAGUUGUUUCUUAUUUUGAAAAAUAUCGAGAAGAAGGUUUUACAAAAAGUAUGAGUCUUGCAAAAAUUAUUGCAUUUGAAAUGGAUGUUGAACCCAUCUUUCCAACAAAACGUACUAUGAUAAGAAAAAAAUAUUUUGGAGAGAACAAUGAGGAUCAAGAUGAAAAUAUGUCACCUGAAGAAUCAUUUAGAGUUCAUUAUUUUCUUGUUGUUGUUGAUAUGGCAAUUACAUCUUUGAAAAACAGAUUUGAGGAAUUGAAGACAUUUGAAAGGAUUUUUGAUGUUGAUGUAGAUGAUUUGUUCUCUGAAUUAAAGGUGUUACAAUUUACUUUGCCAAACAAUUUCAUGUCUGCCAUUGAUAUUCUUAAAUUUGUUAAACUUGCAGAUAGUUAUCCAAACGUUUCCAUUGAAUAUCGAGUUCUAUUAACGGUGCCUGUGACCGUGGCAAGUGCGGAAAGAAGUUUUUCAAAAUUGAAGUUGAUCAAAACUUACCUGAGGUCAUCAUCAAUGUCAUAA